AGGCUCAGCUCUACUGAUCAAAGAGUCCAGCUGGUGCGGAACUGACAGGAGCUGUCCGUGGUCCUGAAGUGGCAGGCGCUGUCUGUUGUACCGAGCCCGACAGGGGGCAAGGAGGAGAGGGGGCGGCCUCUGUGGCCAGUACCCCCUAGAGGCAACAUGCCCACUGUGUGAGUCUGGACAUCGGACCUGGUGAGGCCUGCACCUUUCCACAGCGGCCUCCAGCGCAAGGAUGAGGCUCAGUGCCGGGCUCACUCUCUGCUUUCUGCUCCUCUCCUGCCGCCCUUUGCUGAGUCUCUCCUCCCGCGGUCACGGGUGUCUGUUUGACGUCAGACUCUGCUCCAAGGAGGAAGUGUGUGUGCGGGAUGGUUUGUUUGGUCAGUGCCGACCACGUGCCGAGAGGGAUGACCCCCCAUACCAGAUGGCUACAGGGACGCUACAACAACUGCAGGGUGUGCUACAGCAACUUACAGCAAAAGGGUUCUCCUGGAAGGAUGAUAUGACGCCACGCUUAAUGGCUCAUAAGAUGGGUCGGAUCUCUCAGCACAGACCCCUAGAGCCCUUGGAUGGGUUGGAUGAGGACAGGUUCCCUUUGUCCCAUGCAUCUGGACGGACCAUGCAAAGGUUAUCAGGGGCAAGCCAACCUUCUACACCAAGAUGGGCCAGCUCAUCUGACAAACUUCAGUAUUUCCGACCCCGGCUACCCUCUCCACUAGGAGACACUUCUCUUCAAAAACCAAGGCUUCCAUUAGCCCUCAGACAGGAUAUUUCUCCUCUGGUGGAUCAGUAUAUGACCUACCUUCUGCUAAGCUCCCAGACCCCCAAAUCCCAGUUUGGAUACCAGGAGUCAGAGCGACCAAGGAAUCCUCCCCGCGUUUUUAGUGCCACUCACACCCUGCCAGAUGGAUCCAGUCGCUUUCUUUAUGGCAGGUACCAAGAAGGGCAGGAUGGGCCUUCAUCUCUUUACUUAUCCUCUGACAGACGCCAUCAUUUGGCUGAUUUGAAAAGGAAGCUGCCCCGGGAUAGUCUGGACAACAGCCCAGCCGCUGAUAUUUUAGAAAGUUCUGAAGGGAUUGAAGAGGUGAACCAGAUACCAGAUGGUGUCCAGGAACCUCAAGCAGAUACCAAAGCUGAGCCAGCUAGAGCCAUGAAAGGUGGGGCACAGAACGUACAGGGAGCUCAGAUGGUCCCUGAGUCUCCACUCCUUACUGAAGUCCAGGGCUUAGCUGGAGAUCUUGAUAGAUACAGAGUGGACUUGAGGCAGCUGAGUGACACCCAACUGGAACAACUUUCCAGUCUUCUGCAGUUCAUUCAGACAUCCCCUCUACAGAACCAAGGCCCAAGAAGCGCAGAGAGGAGCCCUUCAAAGCGAAUCACAGAAGGAGAGAUGCAGCACAUGCCGGAAGUGGAGCCCCAGUUGCCCCCUCCUGAUACAUCCCCUAAAACCUCCGCUCCCUCUGUGCUGCCCUCCGAGCUGGGUGAUCUGCAAGGGCCACAGAAUCAAGAAGGCAACGGUUUAACAAGUGCAAUCUCCAUUAUGCUGAGCAAGCACCCGGUACCCAAUGCCCAAACAAUGGGGGCUUCAGAAGCAGUUGGGCAGAGGACACUGGAGAAGAAAAGUUAUGAAGGAAGUACUGGGCUCAUCAAUAUCCCUGUGCAGAGCGCGCGUCCCGUCACCGAAGAAUAUGGAUACAUUGUCACCAACCAAAAGCCCCUGAGCCUGCUAAGUGGGGCACGACUUCUGGAAACCUUGGCCCAGCAUGUCCAUCUGUCCACUGCCAGCUUCAUCAACAUCAGUGUUGUUGGAUCUGCCCUCACAUUCCGAAUCCGACAGAACAACCAGAACCUGUCACUCAUGGAUGUUGCAGAUCGAGCAGUGGCACUGAAGUCGGACCUGGAAACAAAGACAGGAGUCAAGAUAAUUCAGACAGGAGUUGGGCAGAGGAACAAUUCCAACACAUUUCCGCAUCCCUCACAUUUUGGAGACACCUUCCGAUUUGUCCUGCUCAUAUUUAUCGCUUUGGCCUGCAUUGCUGGGAUAGUCAUCGCCUCUGCUGUCAUCUUCUGCCUCCGGCAACAUGCCAAGCAGCGGGAAAAAGAGCGGCUUGUGGCCCUGGGGCCUGAAGGGGGAGGCGACACAACCUAUGAGUACCAGGACCUGUGCAGGCAGCACAUGGCAGGGAAGUCGCUCUUCAGUCGCACAGAAGUUACUGGAUCUGCAGCUGAGAACUCCCGUGUCAGCAGUGUGUCCUCCCAGUUUAGUGAUGUACCCCAGCCCAGUCCCAGCUCCCACAGCAGCACCCCAUCUUGGUGUGAGGAGCCAGUUCAGUCCAAUAUGGACAUCUCAACUGGCCACAUGAUCUUGGCCUACAUGGAGGAUCAUCUGAGGAACAGAGACCGUCUGGCCAAAGAGUGGCAGGCCCUGUGUGCUUAUCAGGCUGAACCCAACGCCUGCUCUAGGGCCAAAAAUGACACCAACCUGAAAAAGAACCGGAAUCCAGACUAUGUUCCCUAUGACCACGCACGUAUCAAGCUCAGGAGUGAAACCAACCCUUCGCGCAGUGAUUAUAUCAAUGCCAGUCCAAUUAUUGAACAUGACCCCCGUAUGCCAACUUAUAUCGCCACCCAGGGACCCCUGUCUCACACCAUCUCCGACUUCUGGCAGAUGGUUUGGGAAAAUGGUUGCACAGUGAUUGUCAUGCUCAGCCCACUGGUGGAAGAUGGAGUCAAGCAGUGUGAUCGCUACUGGCCAGAUGAGGGAUCUUCCCUCUAUCAUAUCUACGAGGUCAACCUGGUGUCGGAGCACAUAUGGUGUGAGGAUUUCCUGGUACGGAGCUUUUACCUGAAGAACGUCCAAACCCAAGAGACCCGAACCCUCACACAGUUCCACUUCCUCAGCUGGCCAGCUGAAGGCAUCCCCAGCAGCACCCGCCCGCUAUUAGACUUCCGCAGGAAAGUGAAUAAGUCUUUCCGUGGUCGCUCCUGCCCCAUUAUUGUGCAUUGCAGUGAUGGGGCUGGAAGGACAGGAACCUACAUCCUUGUCGACAUGGUGUUGAACCGCAUGGCUAAAGGGGUGAAGGAAAUAGAUAUUGCAGCUACAUUGGAGCAUGUUAGAGACCAGAGGCCUGGCAUGGUUCGCACCAAGGAUCAGUUUGAGUUUGCCCUGACAGCAGUGGCAGAGGAAGUCAAUGCAAUCCUAAAAGCCUUGCCACAGUAGCAACAGCUCCGUCACCCUCCGGCUGUCCAAGUUGGUGUUGUAACAUUUCACCUGCCUUACAAAGAUGGACCUCCCACCUGCCCCAAAGCGCCCAUCUUGGUGUACUAUAUACUCCUAAUGCCAGAGACCCAGGGCUACCAUCCUAUUCCCUCCUAUGCCUUCUUAUUCAUCUUCAAGCUUCUGUUUCCUCUUUAUAGCCUUAUUCCCAUUCAAAUCUUUGCUACCUCAUUGCCCACAUCUGUUCCACUGACAUGUUCUUGUGCCCACCAAUGUGAUACUAUUACAGUCAAAGAAACCAUGAAGAAAACCCAAAUUAUUCAUUCAUUCUAUUUCCAUCUCAUGCAGAGAAGCACAAUAAACACUAGGUUGUGCUUUCCUUCCAUAAUUGUAUCACUUUAUUGGCACAAGUCAUUUUUAUUCUUCAGCCCACGGUGAAGCUGCUUCUUCAACUGCCCACGCUUAUAUUAUGCCAAUGUCCGGGAGUGUGAGCAGAGCGAAUGCACAGUAUGGCCAUGCAAUGUGCAGGGAAAGACAAAUAUUAGCACUAUUGCUCUGUAUGCUGCAUUAAGGCAAGUCUUCCUUGACACCAUUACAUACCAUGAGCUGGAUGUGGCUCUAUAGAUUAGAGGGCAUUAUUCUGUGUAAACUCCUUUAGGAUUGUAGGGGAUAUGGAAUGCUAGCUGUGUAACUGGGUAUAAUUAAUACCAAAGGAAGGAAGACAGGCAUUGCUGGACAAAGCAGUGUGCAGGGAUCUGUCGAAUGACAGAGGGGUAACACUAUUUAAAUUAAACACAUUUCAAUUUCUUUUUCAAGCUGAUUCCUGGGAUAUCCAACAGGAAGUGGUCACAUGUUUGUACAGACAGAAGGCAAGAAGGACUUAAGGGAAAGGGCAGCUAGGUGUAGUGAGCAAAGGUUAUUACUUGAAAAAGGAACUGGAACAUUCUGAAGAUUUGCUGUGAUUAUAAUGUUAGUCGGCCAAUGAAGCUAUCACCUUUACGUCACUUUUAUUGUUUCCUCUCAAAAGUGUUACCCAGUAACUUUUUUAAUUGGUCACCAGAGUAGGACGCCAUUAACUAGAGGGGCAAUGUGGGUGUAGCACUCGUAGACUCCUGGCUCCAAAGAAAAGACCUGAGUUUAGAUGGGUGAUGGGCUCAAAGUGUUGUAUGUGAGAAGAUCUGAGCUGAAUUGUGUGAUAGAGAAAUUGCUGGGUGAUAGAUGCCAGUAUUGCCAGCUGCUAGUGCCACGUGAGAAGUUAUCCACUUAAUACCCUGAUGAGAAGAGUUCACUUCGAUACUGCAUGCAUUACUCGCUCUUCCUGCACUGCUGCUUGCUAUGCCAGUUCUGCCACAGCCAUUCCGCAUGCCCUCGCGUUUCACCCUGCUCUCUCCUCAUGAGCAUUACAAGGUAGUGCGAAUCAGUUAAGUCCAUUACUGCCCAUUCCUUACUACUCUUCAUUUUUCCCCAUUAUGCAUUGUAUUGACAUUGACCAUUGGCAAAAGAAAAAAAGAAACAUUAUAGAGAAAUCUAAUAGACUUUAAUUUUGUAUCUUGAUGUGAAUAAAGUAUUUGUGUUGGGUUUGUGCAACUGCAAA